AGUCUCAGCUGUUACUGCAAGUCCAUUCCUCUACCAUGAGUGUGGAGCAGCUCAAAUCAACAGAUCCACAUGUGCCCUGAGGUGACAGACUGGCUCUGAACAAGUUGAAAUCAUCGCAGAAGGAUAAAGUUCGUCAGUUUAUGAUCUUCACACAAUCUAGUGAAAAAACAGCAGUAAGUUGUCUGUCUCAAAAUGACUGGAAGUUAGAUGUUGCAACAGACAAUUUUUUCCAAAAUCCUGAACUUUAUAUACGAGAGAGUGUAAAAGGAUCAUUGGACAGGAAGAAGUUAGAACAACUGUACAAUAGAUACAAAGAUCCUCAAGAUGAAAAUAAAAUUGGAAUAGAUGGUAUACAACAGUUCUGUGAUGACCUGGCACUCGAUCCAGCCAGCAUUAGUGUGUUGAUCAUUGCGUGGAAGUUCAGAGCAGCAACACAGUGUGAGUUUUCCAAACAGGAGUUCAUGGAUGGGAUGACAGAAUUAGGAUGUGACAGCAUAGAAAAAUUAAAGGCCCAGAUACCCAAGAUGGAACAAGAAUUGAAAGAACCAGGACGAUUUAAGGAUUUUUACCAGUUUACCUUUAAUUUUGCAAAGAAUCCAGGACAAAAAGGAUUAGAUCUAGAAAUGGCCAUUGCCUACUGGAAUUUAGUGCUUAAUGGAAGAUUUAAAUUCUUAGACUUAUGGAAUAAAUUUUUGUUGGAACAUCAUAAACGAUCAAUACCAAAAGAUACUUGGAAUCUUCUUUUAGACUUCAGUACAAUGAUUGCAGAUGACAUGUCUAAUUAUGAUGAAGAAGGAGCAUGGCCUGUUCUUAUUGAUGACUUUGUGGAAUUUGCACGCCCUCAAAUUGCUGGGACAAAAAGUACAACAGUGUAGCACUAAAGGAACCUUCUAGAAUGUACAUAGUCUGUACAAUAAAUACAACGGAAAAUUGCACAGUCAAUUUCUGCUGGCUGGACUGAACUGAAGAUCAAUCCUCACAAUUCAGACUGAGGGUUGUGUCAAAACUUUAAGGAUACAUCUUGGACCAUAUCGUAUUUCAUUCUUCUAAUGGUGGUUUGGGCUUGUCUUCUAGUCUGGGCCGCUCUAAACAUUUAUAAUUCCGACAUUGUGGAUUUCAUCUUAUAUCUGUGGACCAUCCUAGUUUAUUCUCCCAUAAGUCUUAGGAGCUUUAUGGUGAUUAUUUUGAGGUUUCCAUUCUUGCAUAAAGCACAAUGCUGUCUUCAUCAGAAAACAGUUUGGCAUAAGAAUUAAACAUAUGAACAUCACAAACAAAAAACUUCUUAAAUAUAUGCUUUGGGCUAGUUGCAAAGACUAUGCUGAUAGCACUUCCAAUGAGAGUGAUAUAUUUAAGUGUACUGGAUCUCGAAUGGUGUUUUGGUUUGGGGGGAUUUUUUUUUCCCGGGCAAAUCACAUGUAUUGUUGAUGUGAGUAGAGUAACUGAUGUCAAAAUAACCAACAUGAAAAUUUUUUAGGAUAACUUGGUGUGCCUACCAGAAAAAUUUAUUGUGUUUCAGACCCUCGAUUUCAAAAGGUUCCACAGAACUAGUCUGCACUUACCUUACCCGUGUUUAUAUAUAGUUGUCUUAACAGGGAGCUUUUAUUUAGAAAAUGUCUGCAUAAUGUUAGAUUCUACUCCUGUCUACAUUAUGCACUACAUAAUUGGAUUUGAUUAUGAUUUUGAAAUGCUUAUAUGCCUGUCAAAUAAGUUAAACUAUUUAAUUUGUUUUGAAUGUUUUAGAGUGCUACACAAUACAAUAUUCUAAAUUUAGGCAUGAGGGUUUUAUUUUUUUGUUUUGUUUUUGGUUUUUUUUGUCAGCGCACUAUGGAACACAAAUGAAAUUCUCUUAAUUUAUAAGAUAGUAGGAAUUAAAUUUUGAAAAUGGUCGUGAUGAGCCAUGAAGUUCAAUCCUUAUAGGUACUGCUUUCAGACAAAUAGUCCAUUUUUGAUGACUUCUUAUUUUGUUGAAAUUGCUUUAACUGCUAAUCACUGUGGUUGCCAAAUACUUUAGGAGCAAAAAUUUUCAAGCAAGCAUGUACUUGAUGCAAAAUUCCAAUCUGGCUUCUAUUUUUAUAAAUUACUUAGUUUCUUCACCUUUUUUUGUUUUAUUCAAAUAAGCUCAGUUUUCACGUCAAAGCAGAAUUCUUUCUUGUAUGUAUUUUUUUCACUACAAGACCCAUGAACUGCUUUCAUGCUAAAGAUGCUCAUGUCUUUGUUCACUUCCUGACAUGUGAAGGGUUUAUUGCUUUCUUAAACAUUUCUGUAAGGCAAGUAAAAAAAAUGGAAAACUUCAUAAAUUGGAUGACUUUGGUCUCUAGCAGGAAUAGAAUCUGCUUGGUAUAUGUAGGCAACUGUGUCCAGUGUUGAAAUUAUCAAAGGAAUAUACUGCAGAAUAGCAGUACAUUUUCUGUUGAUGUGGAAAUGAUUUUAAGAAACAAUGACAUCGUACUACUACUUUUUAUUUACACAGUUCUGAAAUUGACUAGAAAGCUUUCCCCAUAGAUACUAUAUUAAUAUUCCAAUCAUAACUUUAACUCAAGAAUAUAAUUCUACCAAAAGAAUAUUUUGAAAAUUUCUAUUCAGUUUACUGGAAUUGGUUAUUUAAAAAAAGAAAAAAAGAAAAAAAAGAAGAAUCCUGCUGCUUUCAGUAUUUCCUGACUUCAUAUUUGUAAAUAUAAAGAGGAACUUCAAUUAUGAAAAAUUGAAAAAGAUAUAUAUAUGUACUAUUUUGUUUUUUGUCUUGAAGAUUUUGAGUUAUGGUAUUAUUUUCAGAUUGAUUAAUUCGAGUAUGUUGUGUUUUAAAAUGAGAUCCCAUUAGGUUUUUUUUUGUUUCCCCAAUAGAAAAUUGUUUUCUUAAAAGUCUGAUAUUGGUUCAUGGCUUAGUGCCUUGGGUUUACAGACUUUUCCUUUUAAAUGCAAGACCUUUUUCAACAAAAUAGUGUUUGUCAUCAUUUUGGUACUAAACAUUUAUAAUUACUGUGUAAUUAUAAACAAAAAAUACAUAAAGCUUUGAAUAUAAUUAUGUAGCAUAAAAGUUAAGGUUGUUCACUCUAUGAUGGCAUCUUAGAAUUAAACAAUACUAUUACUAGGGCUGAAAAGAGAAGACUGGUUUAAUGUGGUGUGAUUAUUUUGAAGAUAAAUGUCUGGUUACAGGGAAUAUUUUAUACUAAAACAGUGCUUACACAGAUGGCCAUGUAUGUGUGUGCAUGUGUGAGUUUGUGAGAGAUUGGAGUGAGUUGAAAGAGACACACGUGUUCACGCACACACGCAUGCACACACACAACUUGAAAUGCUUUAAUUCAUUAGUGUUUCAGUCUUCAUUUUGGUAAACUCCCCAGGCGGAUUCUUUGUUUUAAAUUGAACCACAGGUACAGUUUCCUUUUUGCCAAAUGUCAAAACAGGUACACAUUUUAAAGUGUAAUGCUUUUUAAAUAGUAAAGUGUAUAAAAUUAGAAGUGCCCACAUCUAAAAAUACUUGAGAUCAAGAUUAUCCUUAGUGACUAUCAUCUGCGUAUCUCUGUAAGUUCAAUUGUGCUUUUUACAAUCCCUGUCAUAUUACCAACAGAGGCAAUAAAAGCUUCAGUGAAAUUGC